AUGCGAAUUCAGUUCUUGCUGAACAACCGUGCGCUUCGGAUCGCCCGCAGCGCUCAAGGAGCACUCAGUCAGUCCGACAACGAAAACACCGUUUCCUACUUUUAGGUGAACAUCCGUGUGGCGAGUCGACCUCGCGUGAGAAUUAUUGUUUUUUUUCGGGUUUUUUUGCGCGCGUUUUUCCUGUGGCAGUGCCAGUGUCGGUGUGUGCAUUUGUGUAUGAGGAAAAGUAUAACUGCUUACGAAAUUCCGUGCAAGUUGUUGAGCGGGUGGCUUUUCCCAUGCACGGCGGGCGGCAGAACUGCAUGCUGUCAGUAGGAUUAAAUGGUAAAGUGCAUAAAACCGUUCCGGCGCGCAGCAAAUGGUGCUUCACAUUGCAGCAAUUGUAGAUGGUUCUUUUUCUUGUGUUUCAAGGAAACGACGGAAUCUCCCGGAUGCACUGCCAUUCGUCGAGGGCAGACAAAUUAAACAGCAAGAGUGUGUUUGUGUAAGACGGCGGUUUAUAAAACCAGAACUUUGUGAUUUCGCUGGAGAUGUACGGUAAAAGAUUCAUAAAAAAACUUUUUUUGUAACUAGUGCGAAAUGAGGAAAGUGUUUUUUUAGUGGCUAGAGUCUAUUCUUAGAGAUUUAUGCGAUGGGGAUUACUUUGUUGAAAGUGACAAAAAUGGAGCUGAAGUAAUUUAGUCAAAUUUAACUGGACCUGGAUGAAACGUUGGUGCACUUCGGCCUAGAUAUCGCCAAUAGCAUAACAGUAAUUAGGAAACUUUAUUCGGUCGGAGGAAGCUCAUCAACAAGUGAUUAUCGUUAGGAUAGACAGGACACGGCGACGGCGACGUUAGCGGACAGUGAAAUGCGCACCAGUAUGUUAAGCAAGCGGCUGUACAGCGACCCGGUGGAAAUGUGGCUGUGGUCAGCGACGAAGCCAAUCAAUUACUUCAAAUUUGCCAACCAGGCCGCAAGCGACAAUCGAACCGGCUACGGGUACUACCCGCGUCGAUUGAACCUCAGUUCGGUGGUGGAAACGAUCGUCGGCGAAACGGUCGUGACCGACGGGGACGGUUCGGACGGGACCGAUGCCGAGGAUGACGCACCGGAACAGCUGAUGGCUCUCAACAACUACUGGGCUCUGCUGGCCAUUGUGCUAGUGUUCGGCACCGCCGCCGGUAACAUCCUGGUCUGUUUGGCCAUUGUGUGGGAACGCCGGCUGCAGAAUGUGACCAACUAUUUCCUGAUGUCGCUGGCCAUCACCGAUCUGAUGGUGGCUCUAUCGGUGAUGCCGCUGGGUAUUUUGACGUUGGUGCGAGGAUAUUUCCCACUGCAGUCGGAGUACUGCCUGGUGUGGAUUUGUCUGGAUGUGCUUUUCUGCACCGCAAGCAUCAUGCAUCUGUGCACAAUAUCGGUGGAUCGAUAUCUUUCGCUGCGGUACCCGAUGCGGUUCGGUCGGAACAAAACGCGAAAGCGGGUGGUGCUGAAGAUAAGCUUCGUGUGGCUACUUUCAAUCGCCAUGAGCCUGCCGCUGAGCUUAAUGUACUCGAAGAAUCACGCUUCGGUGCUGGUGGACGGCACUUGCCAGAUACCGGAUCCGGUCUACAAGCUGGUCGGUUCGAUAGUGUGCUUCUACAUACCGCUUUGUGUGAUGUUAAUCACGUACACCCUGACGGUACGUCUACUCGCUCAGCAAAGCCAAAAUCUGGGCGGUGGUGCCGGUUCCAGUGGCUGGUCUAGCGGUUGGCUCGGCCAAACACCGGCUCUCGAUCGACGGAACACCUGGAAGCGCAUCAUCAAACUUAGCCUGCCAUCGACGCCUAAUCAUGCCCACUCGGCGGCCUCGACCGACACCGAACUGUCAACACUGGACAAUCACGAUCUGUGGCUGCUGGAAUCGAGCAUUCCGGAACCAACCCCUUCCACCAUGACGGCACUGCACCAGUUUGGCGAGGAGAUGCUGAAACUUUCGCGUGGGUUGGAAACCGUAACAUGCAGUAAAAAUAACAGCACUGCUGCUCUUUCUGCUGCCGCUCAAAACAGCACCACGCAAACUGCCGGAUGUGGGACUUUAACCACCCUGCAAGUCUCACCGGAAACCACAAAGGGCAGCAAUGGUCACGACGCUGGGCAACCGAAUUCGAGAGAACCUAAAAAGCAUCCUUCCAGAGAGAAAUCAGCACAAGCACCGUCGAAACCGCCGGCUCUGAAGAAUCGACGCAGCUCGACAACCGCUUGGAUAAACCGCCGUAACUCGAUCACACCUCCAUCGACGGUGCUUCGGAAACGCUUCAAGAGUCUCCCGUUCGCGGUUUCGCCAUCCGACGGAACCGAUACGGGAAUUGCGGUAGAUGAUUUCUUUCUCCAGGAAGCUAGCCGACGAUGUCGGACGGAAAACAGUUCACUAACGGUACGAAAACCGCUCGAAGAUGAUACCGCCGAAAACGACGACAGCAGUCGAAGCUACAGCGAAAACAGUGACGGCACUGCCGUGAACCCGCUUCGGCUGCCACCACCGUGCAAGUGUCCCUACUUUGGUGAAGGCUGCAGCAAGCAGCAAAACGAAGGACUACGACCGGCGGAAAUAAAAAUCGUUAAAACAACGUCAAACUUUAGCUCAAUCUCAAAUUUCGAAUCACAAGUCUACAGCAAUAUCUCGAUCGCCUCGCAACCAACACGAUCGACUUCCAGCAGUCUAUCUACCAUACCGGCUUCAUCGCUAGUGUCACCGAACAAGAAAUUCAGCAACCUAAAAAAUGUGUCCGUCGUAACCUGGGACUCGCGACGGCACCAACGGCGUGGAUCAAGUUUCGGUGGUGCACGAACCUCGCUGAUGCUAACACCGACGAAACCAAGCUCUUCGAACAACUCCCUGCGUCGCUCGGCUACGCUGAGGCACCACAAGGAAGGGACACCGUCGAUUGUGAUCUCGGGUGGAGACAUCUCCCGAGGCCCGAUAAAGAACACUUCGUCGCCAUGUCUAAUGCAGCGGCAGACUACGAUCCGUUCGCACCACUCACGCAAUUCGAGUGUCAUUUCGCGAAACUCUUCGCGCCACGGCCGGAUCAUUCGACUGGAACAGAAGGCCACCAAGGUGUUGGGGGUUGUGUUCUUCACUUUCGUGAUUCUUUGGGCACCAUUCUUCGUGCUCAAUCUGCUGCCCAGUUUGUGCAAGGAGUGCGAGGACAGCAUAAACCACUGGGUGUUCGAGUUCGUGACCUGGCUCGGAUACGCCAGCAGUAUGGUCAAUCCGAUUUUCUACACCAUUUUCAACAAGGCGUUCCGGGAUGCCUUCAAGAAGGUGCUACUUUGUCAGUACGGCGGCUCUAAACCAUCCUGGCAGCCCUGCAGCUAGCAUACCGUAACAUCACGCCCGGUUGCCAACGAACCGGUCUAGCUGCCGAGCUGUAGCAGUGCUGUACGGAAUACUGUGUUUCACUUAAUAUUAACAAUUUAGCGACAAGUGUGUUGUGUUUCGA